AUGUCAUCCCGGCGGUUCUUCGACUAUGACCCCUACGAAUACGAGUACGAUCCCUACGACUACAACUGCUACUACACCGCCGCCCCGAACAACUACCCCUACGACGUGUACUACCAGCGGUUGCCCGUUCCCACCCUCAGCUGCAAAUCCGGGGGCAUCUUUGCUGGCGCCGAGCCGGCGGCCGUGAAACCCACGCCCAGGGAGAGGGAGAGAAAGACGUCGUUCUCGAUCCCAGUACACGGGCCCGACUCGGAUCCCAAGCCGGAGCGGGAGCGGGAGCGGAAGGCGGCGGCGCCGGUGGGGGCACGAGCGGAACCGGUGGCGCCGGCGAUGUCAGCGGAGGAGGCCGCGGUGAGGAUGCAAGCGGCGGCGCGCGGGUUCCUGGCGAGGAAGUCUGUGCGGGCGGUGCGUGAGGUGCAGUGGGAGGCGGAGCAAGUCCGGGUGAAGAUGGUGUCAGAGGCGGAGGCCCUAGUCGCAGACCCCAGGGCGAGCGUCGCCGUCGGGAAGGCGCUGAUGAGGAUGCUGCUGCGGCUCGACGCGGUGCGCGGCGCGCGGGAGUACAGGCGGAGGGUCACGAAGCGGGUGCUCGCGCUGCAGGAUGCCGUCGACGCGCUCGAGACUAAGCCGGCGCCGGCGCCUGCUCCCGCGUUUGUGGGGGAGGAGGCAGAGGCCAACGCACCGGAGGCGAUGGUUGCCGAGAUGGCGGAGGAGAGCGCGGUACCGCCGGAGCAGCUGGAUGGUGCGGAGCGCGGUAGUGAGAUGGAGAACAUCAAGAACGCGGUUCACACGACCAUCCAGAUGGAUGUCGACAAAGCAAUAGCCGCCGGUGAGCCUGAAGCGAAAGCAGCAGAAGAAGAGGAAAAGGAAGUGGUGCCGGGUGAUGCCAAUGUUGAUGUCGACGAGCCGGAGGAUUGGGCCGCCGAGGGCGAGUGGGAGAUGGUGACUGAGGAAAACGAACACGCUGCACCCGUUGCAGCCACGUCCGACGACCCGGAGCCACCGCGCAAGGAACCGGCGUACCCGUUGGAGACCACGAGGACUGCAAGCGCUGGCGCUGCCUCCUAUGGCGUGGACGCGAGGAAGGUGAUGGAGAUGGUGGCGGCGCUGUGCGAGCAGAGCGCGAAGCAGUGUACGGUGAUCGGCGCGCUGGCCGAGCGUGUGGAUGCGCUGGAGCAUACCGUGCGGCGGAUGGAGGACGCUGAGAGCUGCCGCUGGUAA